AAAUUUUUAUUACGUUUUCUGAUACAUAUUGAUGUACUUAUUCUUAUUCAGUUAAUGUUAAUCCAAUAAAAUAUGAUCAUCCUCAGUAUUUCUCACAAGUACCAAACAAUCGGUUGUGGCAGCUGGUAAAUGUCAACAUAGCAUCAACAACAAUGAUGACUCAUAUGAUAUUACCUACAAUGCUGGAGAGAGGCAGAGGUGCUAUUAUCAAUGUAUCCUCAGCUUUAGGUGAUGCUCCCCCUACUCCUCUAUUAGCCGCUGAAGCUGCUUCAAUGAGUUUUGUGACAAUGUUAGGACGAACCCUACACGAUGAGUAUCAUCACAAAGGAAUCACUGUACAGACACUAACACCACUUCCUCUAUCAAAGGAUAAUUCAUUUGUCAGUCCUUCACCAGAAGUGUAUGUAAGGCAUGCAUUAAGGACACUGGACUAUAGAUCAAACUGCUGUGGAUACUGGAUACACGCCAUCAUAAAUUAUGUGUAUCAGUUGGUUCCUGCUAGGCUGUGGGUGUGGUUCAUGUCCCACCGUAACCAGAGGGUGAGAGAGAGGCAGUUAACAGUUGGAGCGAGGGAGAGGGGCGGAGUCACCUUCAGUAAGAACAGGAGUACUGUUAGUUUUGCUAUCUCUACAACACCUCCUGAUGAAGUGUAUACAGCUAGUGAGGCUGGUCAAAGACCUGAACUGAUCAGAAAUUAUUCAAGAGUUGCUGUAAUGCCUAGUGUAGCUGAACAAGAAUCUAAUAAAUGAACUCAUGUUUUUAUUAUUGUUAUUAUUAUUAUUAUUGUCAUUGUUAUUGUUGUUUUAGACUUGUUGUUUUUGUCAAAUUUAAAGUAAAAAGAAAUUUAAAGUAUUAUGCAUGAA